AUGGAGAACUUCUCACUCCUCAGCAUUUCUGGACCUCGAAUCUCUUCCUCUGCCAUGAGCACUUUUCCUGACAUUAUGUCCUCACAUGCCACCUGCUUACCAGACUGCACCUUGGGGGACACCCAGACCGGGCAGCAGCUGAGGCGGAACUGCACCAUCUACCGGCCCUGGUUCUCUCCUUACAGCUACUUUGUGUGCACGGACAAGGAGAGCCACCUGGAGGCCUACAGCUUCCCAGAGGUGAAGCGGGGCGAGGGCAGGGGGGACAGCUGUCUUCCCGAGGACAUGGCUGAGAGCAUCUGCUCCUCCUCCGCCUCCUCCUCCUCCCCAGAGAACACCUGCCCCCAAGAGGCCACAAAGAAACCCAGGCAUGGCCUGGACUCCAUGGACUCCAUCACGUCCCAAGACAUCCUGGCUGCCUCCAGGUGGCACCCGGCCCAGCAGAACGGCUAUAAGUGCGCAGCCUGCUGCCGCAUGUACCCCACCCUGCACUCGCUCAAGAGCCACAUUAAGGGUGGCUUCAAGGAGGGCUUCAGCUGCAAAGUGUACUACCGCAAGCUCAAAACCCUCUGGGGCAAGGAGAAAGCCUGGCUGGGAGACAGGCUAGUCUCGGGCGGCUGUCAAGUCUUCAAGUAGUCCUGCUGGACAGUGGCAGCCAUUUUGUUAAUGGACACCUCUGGUAAACAGGGGAUGAAGCCUAUUUGUUUCUAGAGAGACACCAAUAAAUCAAAGUUAGCCACAGCCUUCCGUCCUGUCUCAGGUCACCCUGCACCACCUGCUAGCCUUCCCAGUACCCG